AUGGACGCCCCGAACUCGGUUGUUGCUCAGCUCACCGAGGAUGCUCGUAGCGAGAGCAUGGGCUCUCAGAAUUCCCAGACCGCGAAAGAGUUUAUUGAGUCCCAGCUCCAACUAGAGGCAGAUGCACGCGAGGCUCUUCCCUAUGCUUUUGACUCUUGCACAUAUGACCUUGGACCAUUGCGACAGGUCCUCUUUGCUUGCCUCACAUGCAAUCCCCCUCCUGCCGACCCCAACGAAUCCUAUACUGCCGCUGGCAUCUGUUACUCGUGCUCGAUCGCUUGUCACGGCGAGCACACACUAGUCGAGCUCUUCAACAAGCGUAACUUUGUUUGCGACUGCGGAACCACCCGCUUACCACCAUCUUCAUGUUGCACACUCCGUGAAGAUCCCGCAACCGGCAAGAAGGGUAUACACUCCCAAGGGGCUGCAUCAAGCAACGCAUACAACCACAAUUUUCGCAAUCAGUUCUGUGGCUGUGGCGAACAGUACGAUGCGUAUUCAGAAAAGGGGACAAUGUACCAGUGUCUGGGACUUGGCACCGUCGAUACCGGAGGCUGUGGCGAGGACUGGUGGCACCCCGAGUGUCUCGUUGGCUUGUCGCGUGAUUGGAACAAGGCCCUCCCCAAGGCCAAUGGACUCGGUGGUGGUGAUGCUACUAAUGAUGCUUCUAUCGAGGAAGAAGAAGAUCAACCCCCACCCGGGUUUCCCGCUGAGGAUGAUUUCGAUCAUCUGAUUUGCUUCAAAUGCAUCGACUCUAACCCCUGGAUUAAGCCCUAUGCGGGCACUCCUGGGUUCUUGCCACCGGUUUUCCGGGAAGGUGGACUCAAGAAGGCCUCAAAUGUGAUCGAAGAUCUCUUUGUACCAGCCAUUGGACCUAAGGAGACCGAACCUAAGGGCCAGGAGAAGACCGAACAAUCAAAAAAGCGCAAGGCAGAUGAUGAGGGGCCCACCGAAGGAGAGCCUGUCACCAAGCGAACUAAAGAAGAAGAGAAAGAAGCUCCCGUCGAGGAGCAUCCACUGAAGGUCAUGAAGGAACAGGAGCUUACCAAGGAAGAGAACAAUUAUUCUACAAAGGCCUCCGCCCCCAAGCACACCGAGCUCCCCAAGUCCACUCCAAUGGAAUCAUUCUCUCUUUUUGCCUUGGAUGAUUUCCAUGGUCAGCUGUGCCGCUGCGCAGAGUGCUUCCCCAAGCUUGUUCCCCACCCCCAGCUUCGCGAAGAAGAAGAUACAUAUGAGCCUCCCAUGUCUGACGACGGCCAGGCUAACGGUGUUGCAAGUGUCGGCACAGGCAGCAUCUACGACCGCGGAGAGGCAGCACUAAACAACAUGGAUCGGGUGCGCGCCAUCGAGGGCGCAAUGGCAUACAACCACCUGCGCGACAAACUCAAGGUGUUCCUGCAGCCCUUCGCUGAGAGUGGACAGGCUGUCAGUGCCGAAGAUAUUAAGGGCUACUUUGAGGCGCUGCGUGGUGAUGAUCAAGGCAUCAAAGAUGCUGCCAAUAACGCUUCUACUGCGGGUGGUGACGGCAAGGAUGAUACCGACGGAGACGAGCGACAUGAACAGAAUGGGUACUGA